UUUGACAUUUCACAGAAAGAAAUUCUCAAUUCUGACAUUUGGAUUGUUUUGUUGCUUAAUUAAUGCGCUAGUAUUGAAAGAAAAUAAUAAUAUAAUACUGCGGGAAUUCAGUAAAUUGUGGUGUUCAGUAUUGAGUUUCGCUGCAGUAUUAUUAAUAAUUUACCUUAGAACUUUCAUAAUAAUCCACAAAAAGAUUCUGAACAUUUAAAUAAAGAACAUGGAAACUGCAGAGGAGAAUGACUUUGUAGUUGUGGUUCAAAUGGAAGAAACAACUUCAACUGCAGAACAGAGUGCGCCCAAAGAGGAACCGGUGCUCGAAAAGGAAGAGACGUUGGAUGAUAGUCCAGCGUCCGAACAGGAAGAGACGUCCGAAGACGAUGAUUUAACGGAUGUUAAAUUACUUACAGUUAUUAUGGAAGAAGAAAACAGUCAAGAAAACAAAAAUGUAACUCUGCUAUCAAUUGAAAACAACAAUAUUGGUGAAGUUAAUGAUAUAAAUCCAGCAUCAGCAUCUACAAGUGGUAUUGAUAAAGAAACAAACAGUAACAUGAAUGAUAUCGGAGAUAACAAUACUCAACAAGUUAAUUCAUCAACAAACCCUGAAGAAGUAAAUGAAUUAAAUAGGAAAAGAGUUCAAGAAAGCUCCAACAAAGCUGCAGAAGAAAAAGUUCAAGAAGAUGAUUUUGAUGGAUAUAAAAGGAGAAAAGCAGAGUUAUUCACAGAUAUCAAAGGUCCUGAAUGGUACAAUGUUAAAGGGAAUGUAGUGACACGGUCUAUAAUACCCAAGAAUUUGACAAAACAGUUUGAGUUUCUGCCUAUUUUUGGUAGGCCAGACAAUAGAGAUGUGGACGGAUUCCACCGAGAGAAGAUAAGGGAGUUCAUUGGGCCAGAUAUUGAUGAUGAUGAAUUUGAGGAGCUAGCCAAGUAUUGUAGUCCAAAUAACCUAAAAACUGGCAAAGAGUUAGUGGUGGAAGCAAGCAUGCCAUCACAAGGUAUCCUGAGUGCUGAUGAUGCCACACAACUGGACAAUGUCAAAGCAAAUUUGUGCAUAUUGAAGAAAUGUAAAAUGCGAGUUGAGAAAGACAAAGCAAAUAAUUACUCAACAAAGCUCAAGUAUAGAGGUGUGAGGUUGAUACCACUCAAUCAAGACGAGGAUAAAGACAUGUCACUAUUGCCUGAUGAUGUUAUGUUGGAGCCUGGCAGAGACAUCCUGUUUCGCAUACGUCUCUACAGGCCGUAUUACUAUCAAAUUACUAAAGAGAGAUAUAAAGGUAUGUCGUGGCCGAAGUGGCUCGUUAGUAAUGGUGUGUGCGCAGACGCGGGGCCGGCACUCGGUGUUCAGCUGCGACAUGGUGGCGGCGGGGCGCCUGCGCCUCAGCGCCGUGCGCGAGCGCAUCGUCUGCACCAACGACCUCGACAUGCGCCUCGACGCCGCGCACGCGCCCGACGCGCCGCCCGCCGCCAGCGCCAAGGAAGUGUUCCCGUCUGGCUUCCUGUUCAUAAACAACACGUUCUACGUGGACACGCGCGCGGGGUGCAAGGACCUGAGCCGCGGGAUCCGCGAGUGGGCGGCGCGGCGCGGCAUGGGCGACUUCCCCGUGCGGGACAUGCACGCGGUCCGGCUCGAGGACGUCGUCGUCAAACUGGGCUAUCCGGAGGUGUACGUCCACCAAGGCAACUGCGAGCACGUGUUCACAUUCUCCGAGAUCCGCCUGCUGUCCUCCUCGGACCCUCUCCGCCUGUCCGCAUACCCGCGCCACUCCGCCGUGUCGCAGCACCAGACGGUGUACUGCACCACGUGCGCGGAGUUCGGCGCCAAGUGGGUGGUGGUGGGGUGUCCCAGAGUACCAUUCGACCCUGCCUUCUUCUGCGACACGUGCUUCAAGCAGUACCUGUACAUCGACGGAGUGAAGAUAGGCGACUUCAAGGCGUAUCCGUACAGAGGCAACGAGACUAACACGCUCAGGCCGUGCUGAGGUGGUGUAUGUCGAUAUACAGCCGUUUUCAAUAAACGAGCCCGAUCGCUUUUAUCAAUCGUGAGAAUGGGCCAAUCCGAACAAGAUUAUUAAUGUUUAUUAUCGGGAUUGGAUCGAAGAUUAAAAUUGGGAUCGUUUGUUGAAAUUGGUGGAUAGUUGGUUUUUCCUACAGCACCCGCCCUGGUUAGGUUAGAAGAUGUAAGAUUUCAAAAUGGGAUUUGAUUUACCCGGUUUUUAAGAACCUUUGAAGAUUUCGUAGGGAGUUACGCUCAUGCUAAUCGUAUUCCUAUUAUGUCGCUGCGCGAGGUUGUAGAAGACAGGGUUUUAAAAUAAGUCUUUUUGUGUAUAAUAAUAAAGGAUAGAUCUUUUUUUCAUAUGAUUGAAUGUGUGCAACAAUUGAUAUUGGUUCGAAGGACCAAAAAGGUCUAAAAUUUAAUUAUCCCCAAAAAGAUUCUGGGCCAGAGCUGUUUUUGUAGUUCGCUAGACCUAUUUAGUACUAGUCUUAAUUAGGUAUAUAAAAACAAUCUCGUAGUAGAUACUUAGGUAUAAGAGGUAUUGUUAUGACAAUUUAUGGUCAACGAAGACAGACAGAGUUGGUCUGCCGGUCAUUGAAAUGCUCUAAACAUGGUGGCGAAAGAGUCAUGUUGUUUUACAGAAUAAAUAUUAGAAUAUCAUAGUAUAUCUCUGAUAUGCGAGUUUGUUAGGAUGCGUCAUUUUUGUGCCACAAGAAAAAUCCAUGUUAUAACUUAUAAGAAAACCAGUUCUAGGGAAUCACAGGAGCGGGAGAACAGUAUUGUAACGUAUAAAUAAAGUUCAAUUUGAAGAGUUAUCGACUUUUUUUUUAAUAUUAUUUAUAUACGAACAUGGACCUUCUCUAUUUCUAGUCCAUUACUCAUGUGUUGACUCUUUGUCAUCAAGGUUAUAAUUGAUAAAAACAAUUUAUUAUAAGAUUUUUUUGCAAUCCGUGUACUAAGUUGAUAAGGGCAUACAUCCGUUACGAGAGGAUAUCGGAUAAUAACAUUUAUUUUAGUAAGGCCUUGGUUGUGGAAGGUCAAAACAAUGAUAUUUCAGUAGGUCAAUAAAAUACAUGUUCUGUCUGAACGUUGUGUCUGAAGUGGGGAAUAUUACACAGGCAGAAAUUUUGCAAAGAUUUUGAAGCUAAAGAACGACCCUUUCAAAAUUCUUAUAGCAAUGGAUUAUUAAUGCCACAGAUACUUUUAUAAAAAUGCCUAAUAUAUUACUUACUGUAUGAAAAAAUCAUGUAAUGGCCUUCGUAAAAUUGUCAUAGCAUGUUUGUUUUAUGAGCCUAGCACUGAGGGGUUACCAGCAGGGGCGCAGCUACCGGCGUAUCAGUGAUGUGGGCCCUCGAACUUUGGGGCCCUACAUUAAACUAAGCGGGCGCCCAAAAGUUCGUACUGCCCCGAAGAGCCCCCAACAAAUAUACGGCCCCUCUGGCCUUCAGCCAGUGUAAAUUUUGGAUGGUAUCAGACUUCAUUUCUUUUUACAUUUAUUUUGGCAAAUGUCUCAUUAUGUGGGCCUUAGUACAGUGUUAUGCCAAUAUGUAAUUCCAAGUUUUAUUGUUUAUGGCUAUGGAUUGUUUAUGUUCCAAUCAGGUUAGCAAUUGCUUUCUCAUUGAUAUAUAUAGAAUUCCAAGCAGAAUAAGAAUGUACACUCCAAUGAAGGGUCGACUCAUCGCGUGCAUACGGUUUUAGCAAGCGGCAGAUGCAGUUAAAUUGGAAAUGACUUCGGUCAAUCAACGAGGUUUCCUUUGCGUGAUUGAUGACGAGUGGUGAGCGUUGAGAUCAGUUUCAUUGGAAUUAAUAACUUGUUAUAUGCGUCUGGUCACUCACGCCAGUUAUCUAGGGGUGGGCAGAGAUGCAACUAGUGUAUAAUACAAUAUUAUUUCUCGCGAUAUUAAUUGCGAGUACGUGCAGUGUAUCGCCGUGUUGGUAACAUAUUGCAACCACGGACAAUUUAAGCUUUUGUUCAUUUUACUUUGACACAUUGUAAAAUGUGGAUAUACAUUAUACCUCACCCACACAUUAGGAGUAUCAGUAGGUUGUAAGGACCGACUCCCAUAUAUUUUUGUUUACUGCGUGUUUAUUGCGUGAUGUACUCCUCGAAGUUUACACGCGUGCAAUGUCUACGCUGUCGUAAUUUAGUUCUAAAUACACUCACGGGGCGCUUCUAUAAUUUCCAUACAAAAAAUUACUUAGUCGAAAUUUACGUUAAAUAUAUUUGUGCUCAGGGUACAGAUAGUAUAACCUCGUGCAUAAGACUUGUAGACAUUAUGUAACGAUGGUGCUGUAAAAAUAAAUAAAUAUUAAAUUAAAAAAUUAAAUAAAAUAAUAUGCCCUAGGUUGACAAAACACUUAGAUGUAGAGGUUUUGCAUUGACUUAAUUGAGAACGUGUUAAAUUGCGCGCAUUUUGUAAGUUUUUAAUGUGCGAUUUUCAAUAAAAAACCCAGAAGAUGACCUCUACUAUUGUUAAGAAUUUUUGCAUUAUGUUACUGAAUGUUUGAAUGUUCAAUUAUGAUGUUAUAUGUUAAAUAUAAGUGAGUUCUUUA